AUGAGGCCGUUUUACAGCCGAACUCUGAUAUGGACUUCAAUAUCGUCAUUCUGCUCUCGAAAUGCCUUUCGAACCCACUCAGCCCUCAAAGGUCAGUAUAACUUCUCAAAGCUACGAUGUCUGCACAGUGGGAGCACAUUUAUGAAUAGGUCUAGUGAAAGACAUGAGGAUUUGAUGUCAAAGAAUACUGACUACUUGCAUGUUCAGAAUAUUUUACUUCGAAAGAAUCAGGAAAGGAUGAACAAGAAGCAGGUUCUCUCUGAGGCAACAAACUUUUAUGAGAGAUUCAAAAUCAAUACAAAAUGGUUGCUGAUUCGAGGUAAUAGACCAUUUUCUGCUAAUGAGAUUAGUACAAUGUUCUCUUGGCUGCUCAUCUCUCAAAUCGUCUGGAUCAUCCUGGGUACCACCACCUUCGUUUCCAUCCUAUUACUUAUCUUCAACACAGUUUUCGCCAAGGAAAUGGUCGGAAAGUGUAUAGGGAAACUUCUCAACGUUUUUCUGGAGGAUGUUGACAUAAAGUUCGAAGAUGCUCUGGUACCGGAGUGGAAGAAAGGCUGUAUUCGUUUCAAUAAGGUGGAAUUGAAGACGAUUAAUCGAGAUGAUAGUGUGGAUCAAAGUGCCGAUAAUUCUGAGCAAAACUUGAAGUUCAGCCUAAAAUUUCACGAAAUCGAACUGACCUUAUCAUUGAAGAAAUGGCUAUUGGGAAAUGGGCCAAUCAAUGAUUUGUCAGUUUAUGGUAUGAGAGGUGAUGUAAGCGUAAACUACGCCUACGAGCAAACUCCACAGGAUUUAUUCAUCGAUUGGUUUUCUAACAAGGAGUAUCGUUUAGGAAGAGUACAAUUAACAGAUUCGUGCGUUAACAUUCAUGAUGAACAGCUCGAUAUGAAAUACAGGGUUUCUAUCUACAACUUAGUGAUGCCUCAAUUAAGGUUCGAAUGGAUGAUUCCCGAUUUCUUUAAUGCCGAUGUUGCAACAGGGGCCAUCAACCAUUCACUUUUUACAAUUCACAAGAGGCAACAUAAACUGGUAUAUUCGAAUGAGCUAGAAAGAGAUCUUUCCCCUUGGAAGAGAAUCACUAGAUUGAAAUUAGAUUCCAUCAAUGUUAAAGAUUUGGGGUUGAACAAGAGUAACGUAUUUAAUUGGUUUGAGGAUGGAAAUUUAGAGAUAACUGCAGAUAUUAUGCUGCCACAUGAAAGUGAUGAAAACAAAGAAAACAAAUAUAUGGUGCUAGACUUUCGGUUCAAAUUUAAGGAUCUAAGGGCGCGCUUUCCUGACAAUGCACCAAGAUUAUCUACAGGGGAAGAACUUAUCUCAUUGGAGGAGCUGAAACCUCUGAUCUCUUUUAUCAACACCCAAAAUGGUUAUUUCCGAUCAAUGGUGAAUAUAGAGAAUACCAAUGCGGUUUGGAAUGCUCCCAAUGUGUCAGUCAAUAAGGUUGUUUCAUAUCCAAAUGUCACAGUAAUACCAUCUGCUCAAUGGAACGACGGCGAGGACGAGGUAGGCUCAAAAGGGCAGGAAAUAAUCAAGUUCCAUGAACAGCCAUUCCAUAAUAACAACGAAAUUGUUCUCCGUUGUCGGAUAGCGAAGAACAUCCAGGAGUUAAAUGACAAGGUGAUGUUCCAAGAGACAGGUGUCUAUGACACUUUAAGCAUGGAACUGUACGUGGACCUUAUUAGAAUGGUGGAAGAAUGGGAGUAUAAGAAGAAGAAUGAUUUUAUGAAGCUAUGGGGCACCACGGUUGCCUCACAGCUCUUGUUGUUUGGUAUCGGAGCCAUGGUCUGA